GAGGGCGUGAGUCGUCAAAUCGCCAUGUUUGUUACCCGAGUUGGUGUUGUGUGACUGACCGUGCUGGCCCAAAAGUGUACAAAAAUAGACCGGACUUCUAGCGUUGUUUAGGAUAAGUUAACACGGAUUGCCUCAUCAGAUUAUGACAUCGUCGCCAUCACAACCAUUUGGAUAUGGCCAACCUACAGGAAGCUCACUCAUCCCCUUCUUCCCGUCGGUGUCUCAGCAGCAGCAGCCGGGGGUGCUGCCUGGCGGCGGGGGUUCCCGGGGGGCACCUUUUCCGGACAUGUUUGGCGCCGACAAGGCGACCAGCUCGUCAUCCUUUGGUGACCUGGGCCUGCGGGGCACGCUCGGGGGUGCGCUGUCUCAGUUCCCACCGUCGGUGGCGAGGCCACCUCCGACGAGUCUGUCGGGUUUCCCUCCUGCGUCCCUGCCGCCACCACAGCAGGCAUCACCAAACAGCCGGACUAUGCUGACAAUUGGGUCGAGAGCAUUGCCAGGUCAGAGGCAAGUUGGUCCCGACAUCAACCGGUUAGUAGGUUUAGGAGCACCACCUCGAACAGGGUACACAGACCAGAGUUCAUUAUGGAGGAACAACGUCCCAGCAUCUGGAGGUGGCAUAUCAAGCUUUGGCAUGUCGCACAGUUCUCGUAGCUUCCCUUCAUCACAGUCACUCAUGGGGAACAGUCUUCAGAGCCAGCUGUUCAACUCUAAUCCAGCGUUGGACCUCUCCGAGUUUCCAUCGCUGACGAACCGGGGUUCCCAAGAGGGGUCGGCGCAGUCGCUGAGCAGCAAUCCCAUGGCGGGGAGAGCGGCGUACGGAAAACUAUUUGGCAUGGUCAAGCAGCCCAACAACGACUCCAACGAGUUCCACAUCCACAACGAGGACUUUCCCGCGUUACCUGGCUCGCAAGGCCAGGAGAACAGUCAGGAAAGCUUAAGUAAACAGACGAGUAAUGCCAGCAGUGAGUCGUCGAAAGACAGCAGUGGCUUCUCUAGCGACAAGGUGGCGUCGCAACCAGUCAAGCGGGGCAUUCAGACAUCAAAAGAUGGGACGGUGACGAACAUCCCUGCGGGUAUGGUCACGGACCAGUACGGCAUGGUGGGGCUUUUGACGUUCAUCAGAGCGGCGGAGACGGAUCCCAACCUCGUCUCGCUGGCGUUAGGGAGCGACCUCACGACGUUAGGGCUCAACCUUAACUCUCCCGAAAACCUUUAUCCUGUGUUCGGAGGCCCCUGGGCAGAACAGCCUUGCAGGCCACAGGACAUCGACUAUCAUGUUCCUUCCGAGUACAUCAUCAACCAGAGCAUCCGGGACAAACUGGCAGGCAUCAAGUUGAAUCGAUACGGCGAAGACUUGCUCUUCUUCAUCUUCUACAUGUUUGGGGGCGACCUAUUACAACUGCUGUCCGCUGCUGAGCUGUACAACCGGGACUGGCGUUUCCACAAAGACGAGCGGGUUUGGAUCACGCGAGCGGGCAUCUCACCGACGGAAAAGACGUCUACGUACGAGCGCGGGACGUACUUCUUCUUCGACCCGGUCAACUGGCGGAAGGUCGCCAAGGAGUUCCACCUCGACUACGACCGGCUCGAAGACCGGCCGCAGCAGUAUCCGCCCCUCUGAUUGGCAGACAGCACCCCCUCCAGUCACGUCACCUGUGGCACCCCGGAGCGCUCCUACUGGGCCACGCACACCAGGGCCGGGGCGCAGAAGUCACCCGGAAAGACGGGCCUGACGACGUUGCAAGUGGCAGUGAGAUGGCAGGCAGACGACGCCAGCGCCACCCUGUGGCGGGUUUGGGAAUCACAAGAGGAAAUGUGUGAAGCUUGUGGAGACGGUUCUAAGACGGCAAGAAGAGGCCCUUGUUCCUAACGGGGAAGCCUUCACUGGGGUUUUCUGUGCAAACGGCUCUCUUGACGGGCCCGCUAGGAGCAUCCUCAUCAUCCCGGUUGCGCCACCGAGUUGGCCACAAGAACACUGCGGUGCUGGAUGGCCAAGGGAGAAUAGAGCAUCUGAGCAGACCGCACAGGGACAGAGGGUCACCUCCCCUCAACCCUCCCUUCUCUCCUCGCAGACUCAGCAGGGUCAGUUGUGUGGCAAGCACUCAUCAUUGACUUGAAAAAUGUUAAGAGCGUGUUGCUUAUCAUUCAAGUGUAGAAAGAACGGUAAAGUUUUUCAUUAAGUUCCUGGCUUUUUGCCAGCAACCCUCAUUUGCCUGUAAAAAAACACAUUCCUUCACCAUUUGUGCUGAGAGACGACUGCUUUUUUUUUUUGCUGGGCCGAACACUCAAGCGUGCAGUGCCACUGUUUGCAAGUGUUUUUGUUGUUUGCCAAAUGAAAGCAUUGUUUAGGGCGGAUGUGCUGCCCAGAAUGAGAUUCUUGUCCAUCUUAAUUAUCAUAGAGCAAUUAGGGAGAGUUUCGGGUUUGAUCAUACCUUGAAUUGCCCAUCACGUGCAAGUCUCUGCCCACGCAUGUCUUGGUUUGCAUAGUGAUCUAAAUUAGAAUGCAAAAGGCUGAAGCACUGUCUAUGUAUAGCUUUCUGCCGUUACUGAAAAAUUUUAUCAGGUUGACCUUCUGCGUUUGCCAUAUUUUGUUCUGCUUAUGUCGUUUCGAGCGCAAACGCUUAGAGAUUUCUGUAAUUAGGAAGCACUGGCACACAUCUGAAAGACGCCUGCGGUGAUGGGCCAUUUGGAUUUUCACUGCACCACGUCUGAGUGCCGGUCUCGUAGCUGACAAAAUGUCCAAAAAUAGAACAGCGAGGGGGGGAAAAAUUUACUGUCCAGCAAGCUUGCUUAGUUACAACACUCACUGCCACGACGAUAUGGAAGCAAUUGCUUGACAUUGGCACCGUGAUCUGGAAAGUUCCUAGGACAUUUUUUUUCCCCUUUUUGUAUUGUGAACGCCUGCGAGUUUCAGGAAUUAAGCUGCAGAGAACAAGAAAGUGAUGGUGCCACAAUUGCACGAGGAAAUUAAACACUGCCGCCCGCAAAUCGCACACACGCACGCAAACAGAAUGGAAGGCCGAGAAAGUGGGCCCGGAUUCUGCCUGACCCUAGAGACUGGUUGGGGGGCAAGGGAUGGAGUUGGGGGUUAGCACGCCCUCCAGGGGCACCGGACUUCCGCGCACACAAUGGUUGGGUGGGUGCUUGGGAACACUAGAUGACUUGUGAGAAAUGCGACGGCACAAGGACCGAGUGACUAGUUGCUUGUGACUGGCUUUCAGCCCCUGUUCUUGGCGCCUUUGUGACAUUGCUUAUAACUAGCCUGUGUUUUUUAAGGCUGAUGUAAGGAUAAUUUACAUUGUUCUUUGUUGACGUUAGAUGUGGUGGAUUUCUGUUUUAUUAGACAGGGUCAGUGUUUUCUUCUAUUUUUUUUAAACUAAUUUACUUUUAGGAGAGAAAUGUUGCGUAUAAAAAGAUCGAUGGCAUUUUGCAGAAAUUGCUCUUUUUAAAUGUACUUAUAUUUUUGAUAUUUCCUUAUGUUUUUUUUUUUUCCAAUGCUGCGCCAUGUUUUUGUGCAGAGCAAAUGUCCAAGCGUAGUACAGAUUUUGUUUGACAUCUUGAAAAGAAUUCUUCAUGAAAGUGUCAACAAAUCCCAUGGGCUGGUUUGUUUUGAAAUGUCUUGUCACAAAGGUCUUAGAUAUUGCGGUUUUGUUGUGAAGCUAACUGUUUUCCCUUGUACAUGUGUAAUGUUUACAUCGCGGUUCAGUUUCUUUUAUUUCCCCUCUUUUUUAAUAUUGUAAUUUUGUUAGGAAAGUGAUAUUCGUCGAGCCAGUGCCAGGAGCCAUCCUUGUUUGCACCUGAAGUGAUAUGGCUGCGGCAUGGUUUGUGUCGUAUCGCGCAGCUGGUUGAAAGUUGUGCGAGGAGGUGUUUCUACGAGGCUGUCUAUGCAACGAGAGGCCCGUUCAUUGUUCAUGCCAAAAAGAAAUACACAAGGGUGGUGUUGUACAGUCGGGGGGAGGGGGAUGUUUGUGUGUUUGGUCACGGUGUGGCCAGGAGUCAUAGCGGCACCAGCCAACCUAGCGGGGAGGAAACGACGGUGCUCCUAGUGUUGAAAGGUAGCUCAUGGGACAAAAACUCAAUGUACAUAAGCCUUCCUUAAUUAUUUUCAAAGUGUACAAAGGAGCGGCCUUGAUACAUAGUUGCUUGUCAAUAAAAACGAUCUCUAAAGCUGUGA